GCCAUGUCCUACAACAAGAUCCCGCCGCGCUGGCUCCACUGCCCCAGGAGGGGACAGCCCGUGGCAGGGAAGUUUUUACCUUUGAAGACAAUGUUAGGACCAAGAUAUGAUGAACAGGUUGCUGAAGAAAAUCGUUUUCACCCGAGUAUGUUAUCCAACUACUUAAAGAGUCUGAAGGUUAAAAUGGGUUUGCUGGUAGACUUGACCAACACCACUAGAUUCUAUGACAGAAAUGAUAUAGAGAAAGAGGGAAUUAAAUAUAUAAAGCUCCAAUGUAAAGGGCAUGGUGAGUGCCCUACACCUGAGAAUACAGAAACAUUUAUCCGUGUAUGUGAGCACUUCAGUGAUAAGAAUCCUUCAGAGCUCAUAGGUGUCCAUUGUACACAUGGUUUCAAUAGAACUGGAUUUUUGAUCUGUGCCUUUUUGGUUGAGAAGUUGGACUGGAGUAUUGAGGCUGCUGUGGCUACUUUUGCUCAGGCCAGACCUCCAGGUAUUUAUAAAGGUGACUAUUUGAAGGAAUUAUUUCGUCGUUAUGGUGAUGAAGAUGAUGCACCACCACCACCAGAGCUUCCAGAAUGGUGCUUUGAUGAAGAUGAAGAGGAGGAUGAUGAUAAUGGUAAAACUGGAGGCCCAGAAUCAGAACCCGGCUCAUCAAGCUCUUCCUUUGGCAAGAGGAGAAAAGAACGCCUAAAACUGGGUGCAAUUUUCUUGGAAGGAAUAACAGUUAAAUGUGUGACACAGGUGACAACGCAACCAAAAUUAGGAGGAAUACAGCAAAAAUGUCAGCAGUUCUGUGGAUGGGAAGGGACCGGAUUCCCUGGAGCACAGCCUGUUUCCAUGGACAAGCAAAAUAUUAAAUUUUUGGAGCAGAAGCCAUACAAAGUUAGCUGGAAAGCAGACGGCACCCGGUACAUGAUGCUGAUUGAUGGCAAGAAUGAAGUUUAUAUGAUUGAUAGAGACAAUUCCAUUUUUCAUGUAUCCAACCUGGAAUUUCCGUUUCGUAAAGAUCUUCGCACACAUCUAACAAACACUCUUCUAGACGGGGAAAUGAUCAUCGACAAGGUUAAUGGACAGGUUGUCCCUCGGUACUUGAUAUAUGACAUUAUUAAGUUUAAUGGACAGCCUGUUGGAGACUGUGAUUUUAAUGUUCGACUUGCAUGUAUAGAGAAAGAGAUUAUAUUUCCACGACAUGAAAAGAUGAAAAGUGGUCUCAUUGACAAAGCACAGGAACCGUUCAGUGUUCGAAACAAACCAUUUUUUGACAUCUACACUUCCAGAAAGCUCCUCGAAGGAAACUUUGCCAGAGAAGUUAGCCAUGAAGUGGAUGGACUGAUAUUUCAGCCUACAGGAAAAUACAAGCCUGGUCGAUGUGAUGAUAUUUUGAAAUGGAAGCCACCCAGCCUGAACUCAGUUGAUUUCCGUCUAAAGAUAACAAGAAUUGGUGGAGAGGGGCUACUCACCCAGAAUGUUGGUCUUCUUUAUGUUGGAAACUUUGACAGACCUUUUGCACAAAUUAAGGUGACAAAAGAACUCAAACAGUAUGACAACAAAAUUAUAGAGUGCAAGUUUGAGAACAACAGCUGGGUCUUCAUGAGACAGAGGAUAGACAAAAGCUUUCCAAAUGCCUACAGCACUGCCAUGGCUGUCUGCAACAGCAUCCAGAAUCCAGUGACAAAGGAGAUGCUGUUUGAGUUCAUUGACAGAUGUGCAGCAGCUUCCCAAGGACAAACACGGAAGCACCACCUCGAUCCUGACACUGAACUGAUGCCACCCCCGCCACCCAAAAGGCCUCGUACCAUAACAUAGGGCCUUGUCUCAGAGAAUCCUCUGUGUGUACAGUUCUGCAGAAGGUGACAUGCAAGUGUGAAGGCUGGGAAAAGAGAGAUCUGAAUUGCUCUAAGUACUUGUGUGUGUUUUUUGAGUUUGCUUUUAGUUUUGUUUUGUUUUUCUGAAUUCCACAUACAAACGGACGUUGUUUUGUAACUGAUAAAUUCAACCUUACCUUAUGGUAUUUGAAGAUUAAAUUUCCAAAGGUUUAGGCAAGAACCAAGUACAAUGAAGUCAGUGGAAAGCUGCCUUGUUUAUAUAUGGAUCUCUUUUCACCUUUAAUUUAUAAUGUCAACAGUCUGGAACUGAGGAAAUACUGGGAUGCCGUACUUUUUAGGAGCUGUGUUUAAAAAAGCAGAAGUGUUUUUUUUAUUCUUUUUAUUAAACUGGCUGUGAUUUAUCACCCAUAGUAUAACAGAUCAUAGUUUCCCUGCAUUUCUGAGAUUUGUGUUUAACAGCAAACAGCAAUGUUGUUUGUGUUCUCUGUUGAUUAAAAACUAAGCCACCUUAGAUUACUCUAAUUUCGAAAUUAGCUGUGUUUUUGUUGUUGAAAUAUUAAAAAAGCAAAUUCUUCUUGUAAAUAGCAUCCCUCUGAAACAAGGGAAUGUGCUGGAUGUUUGCUUUUUCCUCAUGUUUGAACCUAAUGCCAAAUGUAUAGUGGGCUGAUUUUAGCUUUGCCUUUUUAUCUGUAGAUCAGAAAUUUACCAAAUCCUUAGUAUUAAGGUCUCUGUUAAAGAGACUGUUUCUAGUACAGGGCUUAGUUCUCCACAGUGAUACCAUUGUAAAUACUUACUAAGAAGUACAUAUCACUGUGAUAUGCAAGAGUAAUUAGCAGCUCUGAUAAUGAAGUUUUGCAUCCAGGCACAAAAUGGCAAAACAAAUGCCAGGCAACUCCUGUGUAAAGGAGAAGGUAGUUUCAGUGGACGAGAGCCACAUCAGACAGAAAGUCUCCUGAUUUACAUAAUUACAGGACAAAAGUAAGUCAUUUUGGAGUGGUAGAUGAGUGUUCCAGGGAACAGGACACUCAUUUUCAAAGAUGGGGUUGGCUGUCCUGUGGCACUGUGCUCAUCCUCUGGCUGACUUUUUUCUUACCAAAUGAAGAAGCACAUGAAUGCCCUAAUGGCUUUUGUUGCAGCGGACUGGCAGAUGUUCAUAAUAUUAAUUUUGAGAAGCUGCCGUCUGGCUGUCUAAGGGAGGAGUUGUUCUGAGCUGGGAUUAAUUGGAAACCAAAUGCAGAUUUUAAAGUUUACUGUCCAUUUAUCAAGCAGGGAUUGAAUUGGCUCUUUCUAUCAUUUACUUAGUGUGUGAGUCAUCCAUCCAUUCACUAGUCUGAUUAGUGAAGGUCAUUAAUUUGUUAUAACUAAAAUGCAUUUCUGUUUAAAUGAGUUUCAUGUUUGUUUGUAAACAAAAUUUACUCCUGUAUUUUUUUUUCUGUAUGAAAACUUUAUGACUUUGCUUUGUGGUGGCUUCUCUGGUUAUUUCAACCUGUUGUAUACAUGCACACGGCAUCAUUUAGAUGGUGUUCCUGAUUUCUCUUUCUGGGAUAUUCCACAUGUGUUUUAGAGAACUGAAGGAGUUAUAUAUGUUACUUUUUAUACUAUGGUAAAACUUGAGGGGAAAAAAUGCUUUCAUCAAAGUUCUUUUUUUCAACUGUACAUAGUUUCUGCACAUUAUCUAUUGAAAAGAUUUAAUAUCACCUAUGCAAGGUUGCAAAAUGAUCUCUUAAAAAGAGCCUUAUUAAUUUGAUGUGAAAACCUAUGCAUCCUCUGUGCAUCUUGCAUUGAAACCCACAGUUAAUUAUUUCUUUGCUCGGUAUGAAUAAUUUCCCCCAGAUUAUACUUGUCAGUGAGAUCAUCAUAGCAUACACUUUGUCACUGCUCUCCAUGGUUCAUGGCAAUUACAGUGUGUAUGAUGAUUACAGCCUUCUCUGUGAGGUUAGGACUUUUCAUUUUUUUUAAGAAUGUAUCCAGGUUAUUUCCGUCUUUCUCCUUCCCAGCUCUCGCAUCUUGUAUUUCAGCAAGACCUGGCUUCUGAUUUACCUUUUACUUCAGAGCUGCAGCACUGCAAGCUGUCUUCCAUGUGCAUUCCACUAAGUCCAUGUAUGUGUUUUGGCCCUUGUAUUUUGACAAGUGUCUUUUUUCCCUCUCUUGGUUUGAAAUGGAUUUUUUGAAAGUAUAAUGAUUCUGAGAAGGUGCAGAGCUCCAUGUUCACAUUUGACUGUCAAACUUGUCUUGCACUGUGACCUGUAGCUUUUCAGAGAGGUCAAUCACCUUUGCUUUUCUGUAAGGGGAGGCUCCUGGGGAAGGUUUGAAUGAAGGUGGUGAAAACAAAUGGACUUUGACUUGGACUAGAUGGUUUUAAUGCCAUGGGAAAUGCAAACCUCCUUUCUCUGCUACUAGAUAUUCAAGAGAUUGAAGCUAAAAAGCAGAGUCUGUGCCAGGAAAAUAAUGAUGAGGAUGAAAAACAAUACCCUAACUUGUCUGCUCUUUGGUGUACAGCAUGAUUUCAUCCACUGUUUUGUCAUUUGUUAAAUAUAUAAUUAAAAUUUGGGUUCAGUGGAGUUUCCAGAAAAUGUAAGUACAUUCCUCUAAAAACCAUGUAUUAAGUAUUUUAAUAAAGUCAGUGGUUUAAAAUACUUUCCCUAAAGAUGUAUCUGCUUUCAAUGCCUUUCCAAUGGUACUGUGGUACCAGUGCAAAGUACAAGGAUACGUCAGUGUUACUGUUGUUCAGUCCUGCAAGAAAAUGAUCCACAUUUUUCAGUGGCUUUUUUCUGAGGUAGGAGCCCCCCAGCCUAGCAGUGGCCAUGAUCCAGUGUGCUCUUUUUGAAUGCAAUUUGAUCUUGCUGCAAAUAGAACCAAAAGGAAAACAAUUGAUGCUUGAAGUACAUGUUCUAUGGCAGGCUAAUGUUAUGUAGCUUAUCAAUUCAGUGUUAAGUGCAGCUGCAUGAAAAGUUGUGCAAGAGGUCUGCAGGAGUCUUUUCUGAUAAUUUAUCAUUCAUCACGACCCUACAGCUGGUAGCCCACCUACUUGGAUCAGCUCCUGGACCUGUAUUGUAGUAAGGCAGUUUCCUUUAUCAAAUUGCAGCUGUCUAGGUGGCACUUUUCAGGAACUUAAAAGCCUAUCUUGAUUUUUAUAAUUUCUUUCUCAUUAAAAUUCUGCUUCCACUGCUGUUAUGUUCUUGCUAUGUGUACAAUUCUUGUGGUGCUUCUCUCAACCAUUUCUGACUUUGCAGUGCUUCAGUGUGAAUGUCAAACCUGAUCUGACAUUUGAGCACACUAGGAGAGGUAUGGGAACUUCUGUAUCCCCUGCUCAGUCUGCUCUGUAUGCAUUAAGAAAGGGGAUUGAUGUGCCUGGGCCAGCACGUCACACUGUGUAGUUUGUGUUGGCUUGGUUGUUCACUGGAGCAGUCCUUCAGGAUCCCUGCUCCUCUGCAUGGCAGCUCAUCACUUCUGUGCCUAAGAGAUGUGACUUUAUAUUUGCAUCAUGUGUAAGGCAUAAUUGUCUCUUACAACCUCAGAGCAUUCUCAAAGGUGAUGGCACAGCAAGGUAAUUUCCUAGGAUUCAUCUAUACUCAGCAGAGAGAGAAAGGGAGCUGAAAUCAGAUUUGUUCCUCUUGCAUCUUUCAUGCAGAUUUUUGUCUCUUCAGUCCUUCCUCUCAAUUCUGCCUCAUUUGAUAUGAUGUGUCACAUUUUAUGUUACUUUCCUGUGUUAUUAGGAUUUUGUGAGCAAAGUGUUAAAUAUUUUUAUUUCAUAGCAUUGAAA